AAAUGAAAUUGAAUGAAUUGCUUUAAAUUAUUAUUAGAGUAUUUUAAGUGAUUUUUCCGAUUCAUAACCAUUGUCACUGUCUCAAUUCCCGUUACAAUUUUUAACAGCUCUAUUUUCACUUCAUUUUGAGACAUUGCACAUACUGCCUAAUUACUUUCAGUUAUGAGUUGAGGGAAAUCAUAAUAAAUAAAUAUUAUGACCGUAAAACAGUAACAUUAACCACCCCAUUUUAAAGUUUCUGAGACAGUCUGAGUAUUGUAACCCAUGCGUAAAAUAAAUCAAUUACCAUGAGUAACAUUUAUAUUCAGGAACCGCCUACAAAAGGAAAGGUAUACUUUUACUUUCGUACUUAAGUUCUUACUACUACUACUACUUUACCAACUACUACUUUUUCUAGUACUAGUUCAGUUAGUUAUAAGUUUUAAUUUAUACCUACUAGUCUAGUAAACUCAGUUUAAAACUGUAUUGUGUAUAUUAUAGUAGUGUAAAGUCUGUGUAGUUUACCGACACUCAAAUAGACAGUAUUGUUUCUCAUUCUCAUAGUCUACGACUACUUACAAUAGUUUCAACCAGUGCUUUUUUUGUGCCGGUACGCCGAACAAAUUCGGCGUACCGGCACCUUUUUCAAUGUAAGGGAAAAAAUUAUUACUUUUCUUGUAUUUUAACGUUUAUUAUUAAUUUAUUUAUAUUAUUAAUUUGUUAAAAUUAAUUAUUUUAACAUUGCGCGUAAUAAGAAUUAAAAUAUAAAAUGCGAAAAUGCUUUCCGCACACACGCGUAAUGUUACGUCAUUGGUUAUUAACCUAUUUCCGGUCAUGGUUGUUUUUAAGACGUAAUGCCUUUAAAAUUUCAAAAUUUGAAUGUAAUAAUAACGAAUAAUAAUAAAGACUUAAAGAAAUUAAAACGAGCGCAGUUAGAAAUUGAUAAUUUAAGUUUAAGUAAUAAUUAUUUCUUAGCCCACUUAAGAAAUGAAGUAAAAUUUAUGAUUUCUUUUCACAUUCAAUCGACGUUCCGACUGGACACUUGUUUUAGACAUUUAAUAUCUUUGCAGUUGUGAUUUAGCUUGCAUCGAGGUGCGAACUGGUAGUUAAAACUUAGGCAAUCCAUCAAUGAGUACCGGCACCUAUUUUUUUUUUAAAAAAAGCACUGGUUACAACUAUCUAAUGAACUAGUCUAGUCCUAGUUUGUAGUAGCGUAACCAACUUUUAGUUUUACUAAAAUAUCUGUCACUGUGGUGUCAUAUGGUUUAGUCUAUGUGAUUUUGGCAUAAAAAUCUCACUAACAUCCCCUUCCUCUCUUCUCUCACCCAAUCAUUAGAUAGGGUCAUAUGACCACUGCAAAAUACAGAUUCGAAAACAAAGCUCCGUUUUCCCUAAAAUUAACACAGUUAAAUAAACACACAUAACAACAAAAAACGUUUCCUUCUUGAAAAACAAUUUAACAAUGACUUUGGCUAGAGGCAUAUUAACUAUAUCAUUUACAUAUGAUGCCAACAGGAAUUUAAUUGUAUAAUAUUUUGGUGGAAUGGUUUUAACUAGUAACUGUUAAUAACUAGACUAGACUCUACUAAACUGUCAAAAGAAAGACAAGUUUAAGUCUAAAUUAAUUUUAAGUUACUUAGACUAACUAAAUAGUAUGGAUAGCGACUGCCUGAUAUUGACUUUACCCUCUGGGUCACCAAACUGUAUAAUGUGACGACAUGCUUGGUAUUAGCUAAGUAAAAUUAUCGCCUGAUAAAAAUGUCCUAUGUUAAUUUUGGUCCAUUUAAAUGGAAAUAGACUCUGAUCUGCAAUAUCAAAGCAAACCAAAUUCACAUAAAUAAUAAGCAUUACCUGUAUCAUUUCAUUUCUGAAAAUGGUGCAUAGUUUAAUGGAACUUCUUCUACGCUUCUUCAUAUAAUUGUUAAUUACCCUUAUUUUAUUUUUCCCUAACCCAAAUGUUGUUCUUUUUAAACCAAAGUCUAAGCCACAGCUUAAUUAGCUCUAGACUCUAAGUUAAAAUAGCUUAAAACAAUUUUUUUAACAUAUUCUAAUUUUAUAUCCAAAUAAAGUUUUUCUCUUCUUCAUUGCAAGGUUUUACUAAUUACAUCAGUUGGAGAUAUAGAUAUUGAACUAUGGUCAAAGGAAGCUCCAAAAGCCUGUCGCAACUUUGUACAGCUGUGUAUGGAAGGCUACUACAAUGGAACAAUAUUCCACAGAGUUGUUAAAGAUUUUAUCGUCCAAGGGGGUGACCCAACUGGAACUGGGGCUGGAGGAGAAUCCAUCUAUGGUGAACCUUUUAAAGUAUGGUCAUAGAAUAUCUGAAAUGAUUAGUACAAAUUUAACAUUUUUUCUAAACUUAAAUAUUUGUACUUAUGACCAUAUGUUAAUCCUUUCCCCCCCAAAAAAACACACACACACAUGCACACACAAUUAAAAUAUGAUUCUAUUAAAGGAAGCACUAGCAUAUAUUGAUUAAUUGAUUGACGAAAUACUUUUAUAGCGCUUGUAUCCAUGCGAUUUUAGCAUGCUCACAGCGCUCUAAUUACCUAUAACAACUGUAAUAGAAUUCAGUUAAAACUUUAUUUUUGUGAUUGCAUUAAAUAAACCUAAGAAUAUUUAAAAUUUCUUAAACCUAUAAUGGCUGAUCAUCAGCAGUUAAGGCUCUUUCUGUGGUGUCACAGCAGAUGUAAUUGGCAAUAGCGAAAUAGUCAUUAAAAAUGCAAAUGAUUUAAUGAAUAUUUGUUAAGGCAAAAUCACUCUCUAUAAAUGAGUUUGAUUCCUAUUUCAGUUUCUAUCUGUGUGUAAACAAACUUUAUUCAGGGCCUGUUCUGUGAUUAAUCUGUUGUGAAAUAUGCUCAAUGUUUCUUUUACUGCCGUUAUGUCUGAUGCUGAAGAGGAUUUCCUUUAGAUUGCAAAAUCAACACAAAAUUUCAUUUUUGGAAUUAUUUCAAAUGGAUUAAAAUGAAAGAAAUUAUUUCAGAGAUAUUCCAUGUGCCAGAGAAAUGACAGUAUUAGCUCUAGAGGGGAUGGUGACAUAAGAGUCAGAAUAAAUGUUGACUUUUAUAGCCCCAAGCUUAGUCCUAUUAAUAUUAAUACUAUUACUACAGACAAAUUUGUUUGGGAAAUGGUGGAAAUUGAAAGAAAAGACAAAGAUUUUAUCCCAAAUACGUAACAUAAAGAGUUUCAAAAACAUUUAUGUUUGUGUAUGUUCUGGGUAUUAAUUAAUAAAAAAUCUAUUUAAUAACUUCUUUUGAUUCCCUAAGAUACCUUUUCCCGUGUACUUAUAAAAAAUGUAUACUUGUAAUAGUCUCUGAAUUCAUUUAGUAUGGGAUUUUGUCAAUUUUGCUAAGCAAAUGAAAAUGCUAAAAAUGGCUUGACAUCACAGGAAAAAUUCACUUUACUAAAAACUGCUUAAUGCAUUGGAUGUAUUUUAAUUAGAUUAUAUAGGAACAAUUGAAAAGUUUAUUGUUGAUCAAACAGGAUGAGUUUCAUUCCCGACUACGUUUUAUUAGAAGAGGUCUCGUGGCUAUGGCUAAUUCAGGCCCCAAUGACAAUGGAAGUCAGUUCUUUUUUACAAUGGACCAAACGCCUGAACUUCAAAAUAAGCACACAAUAUUUGGAAAAGUAACUGGUCCAACACUCUUCAAUAUGCUGAAACUUCAAGAUGUAGCCAUUGAUGGGAAUGAAAAGCCUUUAUAUCCACACACUAUUUUACGAACAGAAGUAAGUACAAAUUGUUUUUUAUUUAUUUUUUCACUAUUGGACUACAAGCUAACAUCCAGCCAGCUACUUGAAGUACUCAACUUCACUGACAAAUUAAGCAAAAAUGAAAUAUCUAUUUUACUGAAUCUCUUUUGAAAGCUUGAGUGUCUUCCCUAAUACUCUAUAGUUUGGAAUUUAGAAUAAUAACUUGUCAAAUCACAAAAACAUUUUUUUUUUAAUUUGUGUGAAUGUUUCAGAUUCUGUCCAAUCCUUUUGAAGACAUAAUACCACGAGCAAUAAAAAAAGCUAAAAAAGAGAAGGAAGAAGAUAAAAAGACGAAAAGCAAAUCAAAAGCUACCAAGUGAGUGAAAUGAAUACAAGUACAUGCAUUUAAUACUUUUUAAAUAUGUAAAAGAGCAUAACACUUAACCUCGGGAAUUUCUUUUCGUCUCACUAAAUAUCAUGAUCUAUUAUUGACUAUAUUGCUGGUUAUUACUGGAGAUGUGGGGUGAUAAAGUAAUUUUAUAUGUUUUCUGAAUGAUUUCAAUGUACAGAGCAUGGCAAAACAACCUAGGACCAUUCCUAUUUUUAAAAAAUGUGUCUCAUAGAUUGCUUUUAAAGCCAAUUUUUCAAGUUUAUCCAACCAAAUGGAUAGUCAGUUAUGGCUGCAUCUGUGGUGUUACUGCCGGUAUAAUCUGCUUCUACUCAAAUUGAUAUUUAUAAAUGCCAAUCAUAAAUUUAUUUAAAGAAAAAUACCUCUAACAAAUUAGAAUUACAUCCUAAUUCUAGAAAAGUAAAGUAAAUUUUGCAUGUGUUAAUUUUUAAAUUUUUUUUAAAGUGUGUCUGAAAAAAUUAUUUAGAUGUUUAAAUAACAGACAGUGUGGAUGUGACUUGGAAAAGAUAAACGAUAUUACAAUUGUACUUAUUUGUUGAAAGUUCAAUGUCAAUCAUAUUCAUUUCACAUAGCCUAUAGUUCACAGAAUUCCCACAUUCUUUUUUUCAUACCAUCUUUUUUUUUUUCCAAUUUACUGUCAUAAUGUCACUAUUUACUUGGAUCUCAGUAUAUAGGGUAUUUUAGAGAUACAUAUCAAGGUUACUAAAAAAAAUAGAAAUGAUCCAACAGCACGUUUGCAUUUGACAGUUUGUUAGUUAAAAAAGUGAAUAGCCUCAUUUUUCGAACUCACUGAGACUAAGAGAAAGUAAUGCUGUCCUUAAAAUACAUUCAAACGUGAUUAGGUCUGGACUAAAUUUAGUUAUAAUUAGAUGUUUCAAAAAUGUAUUUAAUUUAAAUGGUAAAUCAUAACAGAUUUCUGAAAUUUUUUGUAUUUUAAUGGAGACAUUUCAAAUUUUAAUUUUUUUAAAAGUCCUCGUCAAUCCUGUUGGUCAUUUUUCUAUCCCAGAAAUUUCAGUUUGCUCUCAUUUGGAGAAGAGGCAGAAGAAGAUGAAGAACAGGAAUAUAAAGCAAUAAAAGUGAGGCACUGUUGUUACUGUUUAUUGAUAUAAUGUAGGGUACACAACUUCGUUUUAUCAAAAACUUCUGUCUGACUGUUUGAAAAAAAAAAGUUGAUGAUGUAUUUAUCUCUGUAGAAAUUCGUCGGCAAAAGUAAAAGUAGUCAUGACCUCACUGAUGACCCUCACCUGAGCUCCGUGCCUGUCUUGGACACCAGUGACAGUGAGAAAACACCAGGCAAAAGAAAAAUCCAGGUUGACUUUGUAAUACUUAUUUUCAUAAUGUGCACCACAUAGUUCUUCACGGCACCAAGGAAACUAAAUUGUUAAGUUCAUCUCAGAAACGAUUGUGACUGCCAUUAUCAGUGUAUUAUCAAUGACAUGCAACACUUUACAUCCACAUGAUGCCAACUGGCAUCUUCCUAAUUUUUCACUUUACAAAAAACAAACCAAAAAUGUGUGCCUCAUCUUAUGACUUAAAUUCAUUAGAAUCAACCCUCAGUUUCAAUAUACAAUAAGUUUUUGACAGGUUACUCACCCUUUUUGACAUUUUUUUUAACAUUGAUUAAUUAUAAUAAUAAUAAAGUUUAUUUAAAAAAACACGCUUCAUCCCCAAAAGCUCGAAGCGCGGUACAAAGUCAAUAUAUAAACUACAUACGAGCAUACCAAGUCUUUCCAUUUCAGCCAUAAGCAACACAAGCCAAAAUAUACAUUAACUGGAAAAAGAUCGUAGACAACAUCACCCCAGAAGGUGUUUUCGAAAUAGAUGUACUUUUAAAUCGAUUAAUGGCUAUUUUAUACUUUCUGUCAUGUGUGACAAUCCCCCUGGCUCUUUCAUUUAAAAGAUUUAUGUAUUAUAAUAAACAGACAGCAUUUAUCAAGAUGUUUAAUUAUGGCUUUAGUAACAAUGAACUGAUAUUUAAAUGACAAUUCAUUUUACCUGCAAUAGCUGCAGUUUCCAUUUUAAAUUUUAUUGUCAUCCUCGUUCAGCUCAAAUUUUUAUAACUCUUAUCCUACACAUAUAUGUCAGCCUCUAUCGGCUACAUUUUUAUUAAUUCUAACAAAUAAAACAUGCGUUGUUUAUGUGUAAGUGUUCUCCAGAAAACUUUAUUUUUAACAGCUUCUGGGAUGAGUGAUGACCAAGUUUGUCAUAGUUUUUUUUUACAUUGUUACCUAUUGUGCCUGGUGCUGUAUUGUAAACAGAUAGCAGUAUAUUAGAUGCAUCAGAAAUUAUUUCAUUCUAAUAAGUCAUGAAACAUUUAUAUGAUUAAUCUUAUACUCUUUUGGUGAGGCAGUCUUUUUUUUUUCCCUCUUUCUAGAACUAGAAUUAGAAUGAAUCCUAUACAUCUCAAAACAUGGUUGAAAGUAAUGAGUCAUUUCUUUUUUAAAAUAUUUUUUUAAGGACAAUGAAAGUCCUGUAGAUGGUGAUCAAAUAGAUGAAAUUAGGAAAAAACUUAAAAAAGACAGUCUUGAUGAAGCGCCACCCAAAGAUAAAGAAGUCAUUGAAGAAUCUCCUGAGGAUGUCAAGAAAAGCAAAAGGUUCCAUUUUUUUUCCCAAUUCAUUCUUUAUUGUCUAAUCUCUUGUUCUCUCUCACUUGAUAUUCUGCUUUGUUUGAAAGAUUUUUCAAAUGCUUUGGAAAAACCAAAACAAUGGUCAGAUAUAGUGGUUGAAAGUUGAGUUGCUUGGCUCAUUUGAUCACUCUAUUUCUGCUAACAAUGCCUUUAAUUUUGUGUAGUAAUUCCUUUAAUUUUGUCUGUAAUGGUGGUAGGAUGUCCUCUAAUUUUGUGUGUAAUGGUGAUAGGAUGUCCUCUAAUUUUGUGUGUAAUGGUGGUAGGAUGUCCUCUAAUUUUGUGUGUAAUGGUGGUAGGAUGUCCUCUAAUUUUUUGUGUAAUGGUGGUAGAAUGUCCUCUAAUUUUGUGUGUAAUGGUGGUAGUAAUUCCUCUAAUUUUGUGUGUAAUGGUGGUAGUAAUUCCUCUAAUUUUGUGUGUAAUGGUGGUAGGAAUUCCUCUAAUUUUGUGUGUAAUGGUGGUAGGAAUUCCUCUAAUUUUGUGUGUAAUGGUGGUAGGAAUUCCUCUAAUUUUGUGUGUAAUAGUAAUAACAGUGCCACUAAUGCUGUGUGAAAAGAAUACAGAGGAUUGAUAAAGUUCAAUGUACCCGAUGUGUUGUAGGAUUCUCAACCUGUUGCUACUUGCCUAAAUAAAGUUAGGAGCCCUUUCCCAUAUUUCCAUGCUUAACCUAUCACCCCAGUAUAUUGGUUUGUUUCACUUUCAGGUAAAAAGAUUUAUACUUAUGUUGUUAAUUUCAGCAUUACUACAAACUGACAUAAACCUGAUAUUUUAUUGGCCAACAACAUACUGUCUAUGUGAAUUCUACUCACAGCAUGACACCACUUCUUCUCAUUAGAAUAGUGCAUCAUUUAUAAAAUUAUGGUUAAGUUAAUAUUUUUAAGUGGUUAAGAUUAAGACAUUCAAAUAAUGAAUUAAAUUUGUCUAAAUUGGGCAAAAUGCUGUGUUCUUUUAAGUGAAGAAACUAAGAAAGAAGUGCUACGACUUCAACGAGAAAUCAAAGCAUCUAAGAAAAGAGCUGAAAUGAAAGCAAAAGAGGAACUUAAGCCACCAGAAAAAGAAGAGGCUGUCAAACUAGCUAAGACUGGACAAAUAGGCAAGUGAAACAUAAACUGAGAUAUUUGUGUAAUGACUAAUUUAUUUCUAUUGAUGAAUACUAUAAAUAUAGGGGAAAUGGGUAUAAUAAAUUUUGAAUCAUAAACAGAAGUCACUUUAUUGUUAUUUUAGACAUUUAGAAAAUAGAGCCUUAUGCAAUAGUUGUAUGCACUCAUCUCCUAAGUGACAGUAAACAAUAGUGAACUAGUGAUUUAUAGUGCACUCAAAAUAUAUGACAUGAAAGAAAAAUAUUGCUUUACAGAUGGAGGCACAGAUUUUCUAGAAGCUUUUAAGAUGGAGAGGCAAAGAUUUAAAGACUUGAAAAAGAUGCAGAAGAAAAAGGGAGAAAGCCGUGAAGCUCAGACCCUAGCAUUGUUGGAAAGAUUUCAGUCCAAAUUAAGUUCAGUCAAGCAGUUGUCUGAAGACCACCCAGAUUCUGAAGGCGAGGAGGACAUGAAAAAUGAAGACUCUGAUAAAGAAGAUGAAACUGGAGAUAUAUCUUGGUAUGAGCCCUAUUCACUAACGCGUUAGGAGAACCUUUUAACUCCAUGAACGUCAAUGGAAAGCAGCAAAAAGAAUUUCAAGUUUUGAGUUUUUAAUUUUCAUUCUCUUUUGGAUUUCUUUUUGUAUUAUUAAUGAUAAGCUGGUGGGUGAUUACUAAUUAGUUUAAAAUUUUAAAAGGUUAAAAAUAGAAAGUUGACAGUUAUUUAUAGGAAACAUAUGUAAUCUACCUGUGGUUGUAAGAAUUUUAUUCAAUAAAAGAAAUGUCAAAUCUCUACCUUGCUAUUUUUUUAAAAAACAGGAUGCGUAAAAAACUUAAAUUUGAAGAUACUGGCAUGAAAAAGGUGAUAGAUGCUAACAUACCAGACACUGACCGCUACGAGAUACAUGAUCCAAGAAAUCCUCUAACCCAACGACGCAGAGAAGCCAGCAAAAAGAAAAUUAAGAAAAAAUAGAAGAAAUGAUACAUAUAUUAUAAUUUAAUGUUUAUAAGAUAUUUUUGUCCUCUCACCAUUUUUGCAUUACUUUUUUAUUGUAUUGUAAUUUAAAAAUAAAAUGUAGUUCAAGAAAUACAUUUAUGAAUCCAAUGAUAAUAAGUUUAUAUUGUUUUAAACAUUUUCUAAAGUCACAUUUGGAUUUGGUCAUUUGUUUUAGGGCAAAAUAUUAUUUUCAAAUCUUCAAUUUAUAAACGGCAUUGAUCCGAUGUCAAAUUGACCCCUUGGUAAAAAAGCUCUUUCACCGCAAUAGAGAAAAUGUUAAUGAAAACAUCUAGUGUCACAUUGUUUAUUUAAAUAUAAUGUGUCACAUUAAAAUAGCAUAAGUUUUCACUCAAAUAUCAAUAAAAGGAGGCAUAUGUAUCUUAGGAACCUUCAAAUAUCCUGUAUAUAUAAAUAAAAACCGAUAAUCUUGGUUAUCCUUCUCACGCCUGCACUGUGUCAAUUUCUAAAGAUGUCAUAACGCCUUCCCGUGUCAAUCCUUUUUACAUGGUCAUGUUGUGUAGCUAUGCAAGUCACAGAAUUAUGAAAUGAUAUCAAAAUAAUUAUGUUGCAUUGAAGAUAACAUGUGGACGAUUUGGCCCCAAAUAAAAAUAAACAUAUAUAACACAAAAAGUAGCAAAUAUGUAGUACAUUGUAAGGAACUUGGGAAGACCUUAAGAGAAAAGGGAGG